AUGAUGCGGAAAAGCGGAGCAGAUCCGAAUAUAUACGACUGUAACGGUCGUCCAGCCAAGUACUAUUUGAAGCACAUCGGUGAGAUCGACCUUUCCGCAAUGAGACUUGACACGAAAGCAGCGCUGAAGCAGGUUCUCCACAAUCGUGUAGCGCCGAGUUACCUAGAGUCUUCCAUCCAGCAAUGGUUACGAGAUGGACAACUGGCGAAGCUUGAACAGCUUGUGCUUUCUGGAUGUGGUGAUCUUCUGCAGAACAGAAAUGCUACCAACGCAGAAACAGCCAAUUUCCUCGAAAAUCUACCGGAAUACAUGAGCAAAAUUGAAGGAAUUCAUCGAGCUAUAAAGGAAGGAGACUUGGAGAAGGUGAAGUCCCUGAUGUCGUCAAAGAAGUUAGCAAUAGCUAGAGACCGGUUUGGCUGCACUCCAUUACAUGCAGCGGUGGUACAUGAACACACGGAGAUCGUCCGCUUUAUCGCCUGGUCAUUUCCCAAUAAACGUACACCGAUGCAUUAUGCUGCUGCAGCUCGCGAUGGUGGCCAUUAUCUGAAGAUCCUGGGCAAAGCUGGAGCGGAUCCAAUGGCCGUGGACAAUGAAGGUCGUACACCGGAUUACUACCGAAGGAACGCCGUCAUCGACUUGAAGAUGAUCAAGGAUCGGGAUGAAGAGUAUGAGGGGAUGAGUGAGGAACUGUUGGAUGAAGGACCAUUGCUGGAAAGUCCUGGCAGUGGCGAAAGUGGAUCGGAAGGCUCACCAGUAGAUUCCGCCCGUCUUAACGAUGAGGACGAUGAUACGGAACGGAAUCGUUUUGAGCGCAUGGUGCUUGGUCGCACCGAUAUGCCAACGUCGGAGAACGGCAUCUACCUGGCACGCACUGUGGCACCAGUGCUCACAAAAGCGCUCGCCGAGGUGCUUCUGCGCCGUCCAGCCGACCCCAUAGGCUUCAUUUCGGAUUAUUGCAAAAGUAUCAUCGAGAACAUCGCUCAUACCGAUCAAAGAAAGUUUGAAAUGAAAGUGUUCAGAGUUAAAUCUUGUAUCCUUUAUAAGUAG